CAGCAUUAGCAUAUUUCAGUGCCUCUAAUUUAGGGGAAAAUGACGCGUCCGAGAAAAUAGAUGUCGCUAAGAAAGCCGAUUCAAAUUCAACCGAAAAGUCGUUAGUCGUUAUAGACUGGAUGAACGAAACUUGCAUCCUUCCUGCCGCACCACGAAACGGAGAUUGCCGUUAAAGUUUGUUCUUUCAGGCGACGAUUUAGUAUACGAAGGUAUACUAAACGUCUAGUUUGUGUGUUUUUCUCGUGAAACUUACUCGUAACAAUUGAUCGCAUCUUAAGAAACACAAGAGAUUUCGAACAUGGCUGACAAGGACAAAGUAAAGACAAUGAUCGUUAACGAUAUGUUAAACAUUUGUAAUCAUUGCACGGAAGUUAAGGAACUUAUCAAUGAAAAUCUAAAAGAUACGAUACAAUAUUUAAAUGGUUUGCUCACCCAAAUUCCACAAUCAACGUUUGGCCCUUUAAUUUCAAAAACACCAAAACCUCUAAGGAAAAAAGGAGCGCAACGUAUCGAAACCAUUCCAGAAGAUGACAUUGUCGAUUGUACAUUACCAAGCUCUGUCACUAUGAGCAUUAAAGAGAAAAGUAAUGAUAACAGAGACGAAACGAUGAAUGAAAACAUUACGGAAGUGAUGGUUGGUCGAACAAAAAGAGAAGCAUCAAAGAAAGCGGCAGACAGUAUUAAGAGACAACAAUCGAUAACGUUGAAUACAAAAUUACGAAGACCGCUGUCACCUGAGAAGGAUAAUACUAUUAUAAAAGAGAUACGUAAGACUCGAAGUAAAAGAAAAAAGCCUGCCAAAAGUAGCUCUGACGAAGAGUCAUUUCAAGGUCCUAGGAAGCAUAGUAAAUUAGAAGAAAAUGUACUUGGAGAAAGCACUGCGAAGAAAACCGAGGAUACAAAUUUGCAGAAUAAUAUUUCAACGAACAACACGACGACACUGCAGAAUAAAAACGAUAAGAAGGAAACGUUAAGAAAGUCAUCGAUAAUGAGGCACUCUACUAGAAAGAGAACUUUGUCGCAAAAUCACAAUUUAAGUAACAAGGAAUCUAAAACCAUUAACGAUACAGUUAUCGCUCCUAGAACGGAAGUUAUGGAAGAGCCCUCCAUGUACGAAGAUGCGAUCGAGAAACCUAUUCCUAUCAUGAACUCCACAAUGAAUUUGAAUUCUACGAUUACCAUGCAAAAAAUGAUGAAUGCAACGGUAGUUUUGGAACCUUUGUCAGCGAUUAAAUUGAACGAAACUGUGACGAUUACUAAAGCCAUUGGCAGUGUUCCAGAGAAGAAGAAUCAACAGAAGACAAAUCUACCGAUGUCCGAAUCUAGAUCAUCUAGAACAUCGAAACUUUCGUCACCUUCUUUGAAAGCCCUGCAGGACAGGAUGCAUCCGUUAAAAGAAGUUGUAGAAGACAAAGAAUUUAAUGAUUUAAUAACGGAUGACAAAUCGUCGCCUGAAAUAAAAAAAUCCAAAGCAAACGUUAGACACGAAGGUAGAAAACGGCAGAGACCUAUUGUACACUCUGUAUCGUCGAGCGAAGAUGAAAUUCUUAAUACACCAGCGAAACCAACUUUGAAGGAGGUGAACACGACCACAGUUCUCCAAGAAGUAAAGGCCAGUUACAAACCAAACGCUUUGUUCAGUCCUUAUGCGAAGGAGUCUGUAAAAAAGAGGGUCGAGGCAUUCGAGCAGGCAGGUCUGAACAGUCCAAAAGUUGAGGUCGAUGUACCAACUAGACUUACCAGAACAAAAACACGAGCUAUAGCCGCUGCGCAAGCCGAAUCUUCGGAAAGUACGAAGACUAUGGAGAAGACGGUUGUUCAGAAAUUAGCACGGAAAUCGCUCGCGAAAGCUAAGAAAAUCUCGUUAGCGAAGUAUGCCAAGGACACGGAUGAAUAUAAAGAGAACAAAAUGCUAUCGACGCAAAAGAUUAGUAGAAUAGCAACUCCUGCCGAGAAGGUGAAUCAAAAGUACGUACAAAAAACGACACCGUUGGGAAAGACAAAAAUUCAGCUGCCAUUGUCUGUUAACCGUAUCGCGAACACGCGUUCGAACAUCAUUACAUCGGUGGAUUCUUUCAUUCAUUCUGUCAAGUCUGUAAAUAAACGUAACUCGAUAGAAAAAAUAGAGGAGAAGAAACGGAAAAUGAACGACGAGGAUGCACGGAAGAAACGCGAAGAGGCGCUAAGACUUCAAACGGAAGAAAAGAGAAGGAAAAGACAAGAAAAAGAAUUGAAAAAUAAGCUGGCGAGAGAAGCAAAAGAGAAACAGGAACUGGAGAAACGUCACAAGGCCGAAAAAGAAAGAGAGGAGAAGGCACGUUUGGUGCAACAAAUGCAAGAGAAGCAACGCGAGGAAAUGGAAAGGAAACGUCUAAUUCAAAUUCAACGAGCCCAGGAGAAAGAAGAAAGGAGGAGACAGGAAGAGCAACAACGUUUACAACGUUUGCAAGAACAAGAAGAAGCGGAACGUCUGUUGGCAGAGCAAAGACGUCGCGAACAAGAGGCCGAGAAACGAAAAGAAGCCGAAGCAAGAGCUCAGCAACAAGCUGCUGCCGAAGCAUUGAGAGCUAAAAACCAAGUUCUUAUAGCGCAAGAAAAAUAUGCCAGCAAACAUAAUCAGGGUCCAACGAAUUACAUUUUGGACAGUGAACCCGAUGAAGGCGAAUCUGAUGAUGAAACCAGACCAAAGCAUGUAAUUCCGUACUGGGCACAGCCGCAUAUUCGUAAAACACAAUUGGCGAUGCAACGAUACAUUCCCGAUGAAGCAGUCUCCAGAUUUUUCGACACGAAGAAGUGUACGCCAGACUUGUCCGAAAUGUUCCAAGGUAUAGAUAGAAAUAGAUUGAAGCGCACAUCCAGUGCGAUUUGGAAAACCCCGCCGCGUUAUUCCAUGAUGGAAACCGAAUGAAAGGUAUAGUUUGUCGAAUGCAAUGUUGUUAAAUUCGUAUUGUGCCUUAUAAUGAAAGUGCUUGUAAUACCAUAUGCACUGUGUUGCGAUAUAAGAAUGACCUUAUAUCACAUCAUUGUUGAAACAAUCGAUUUAACAUUAACAGAAUGUAAGACUGCGUUUUCUAAAGAUGCCAUGUGAAUAAGUGCUACUAUUUUUUACAAUUUCAAUCAGACUCUACCGUAUUAUUCCUAUUUAUUUUUUGAUUCUUUGUAUUGGACAAAAAAUACUUCAUGUAAUUAAUUAAUAUGAACCGUGGUAUCAAAGUAUUUUAAUGAAAUAAGUAUUAUUUAGUUCC